UCGUAUUAUUACUACAAUAUCCAGCAGAACAGGGAGCUUCAUUUUCUUAAAAGGACAACUGCAAAAUGAAGGCCGUCUGGACAUCGUUUGUAAUAUGCAUAUGCUCUGUGAGUGUGACCUUGCAAAUCAUGGAUCCAAAUGGCGUCCCUAGCAACGGCAUCCCUAGCAACUUCGUAGAAUGUAUGGAAUAUGAAUUCAUCAUAGCAGAGGCUAAAAAUAUUUCACAAAUGGAAGUUCAAACUUUUUGUAAAGAUUUGUUAGUAAACCAGAUGGAGUCUAUGGCUGUCGAAAUGAAAAAUCCAAAUAUAACUAAUUAUAUUAAACAUCUUACAAGAGGAAUAAUAUCCGAGAUAGAAAAUGUCAAAUCUCGACAGAAGAGAAGUAUUUUCAGAUUUGGAAGCGUAAUGCGACGAGAAAUCAGAGAACCGCCAUAUGAUCAAGUAUGGGGAUGUUAUUCAAGAGGAGUCAGGCGGCUAAAGAAUAGUUAUGAUGUGAGCAAUACAAUGAAUACUUUUGACGUCAUCGCAUCUUUACACACUGGAGCUUCAAUACCAGUGGCCCAUGAUGGACCUGGAUUUUUUAGCUGGCAUAAAGCCUUUCUACGCAUCAUGGAAUUUGCAAUUGGUUGUCCAUUACCUUACUGGGAUACAACAUUAGACUUUCCUAUGACCGACCCCACUCAGUCAAUUGUCUGGUCUUCAAAAUAUUUUGGUAAUGGUUAUGGUGCGAUUACCACCGGACCUUUUGCCAACUUACCUGGACAAAUACAAGCGAUAAGAAACAUAAAUAACGACGGAUGGUUAAUGUCUAGACAAGAUAUACAAAUGGCGCUUUCUAAACCCAGUUAUUACGAAUUCACCGAACCAUCACCUUGUUACAAUGGAAAUCGUAAUGCUUACAGUAUGGAAUGUUUACACGAUGGGACGCAUGUCUGGAUAGGUGGCACUUCUGAGCCAACUGCCACAGCUGCCUUUGAUCCUGUAUUUUAUCCUUUUCAUGCUUUUGUUGAUAAAGUAUUUGGAUUAUUUAGAAGGAGAAUGCUACAAGAAGGAAAUGCAGCUUAUCCCGACAAACAGAUAACAGGACAUGCACCUAGAGACCGAAUGGUAUUUUAUAACACUUUUCCUGGCAUAGAAUCUGUAACACAUGAAGAUGGGUAUGGGGAAAAUAUAGAUCAACUAGUUAGCUACACCUCUACUCCGUCAUGCCCUUCUUGUGCUAGAAGUGAUGACCUAUAUUGUGAUACCAGACAAAAUAUUUGCGUCUCAAGGACAAGACAAGGACAACAAAGAAUGGCCGUAAACCGAGUACCAGUGCGCAGAAAUGGUGGUAUUGAAACUGCUGAAAUAAUGGAGCCCGAUAGUCCUGUUCGUGUUGAGAGAAUCAUUAACCGCUUUGGUGCAUUACCAAUUCGCGGGCGAAUGUUUGGACCAGUGGGAAUGAGAGACAGACGAACGAGAGGCAUUUCCAUGAGAUUUAUGUCUUAAUAUAUAAGUAAAUAACUGAAUAAAUGAUAUAAUAAUUAUAAUGAUAAGGAAA